AUGAAGCACAAAUUUUCAAAACGAUCGAUUUCUAAUAAACAAUCUCAACAUCGUUCAUAUCAAACACAAACCAAACGUUUAGCGACACCGAUUGAUCAUGUUAGAACUAAAACACCUAAUAAUAUUGAUUUAAACACAGAAUCUGUGCCUUCAGAUUCUUUAUCACCAUGUUUAAAACCAAUUGUACCAUUAAAAAGUCAAAAAUUGCUCAAACGUGAUUUAUUACGUUGUAGUAAUCAACGUCCAUCAAUUCUCGGUCCACAAAUAUUACAACAACCUCGUAUUCAUCAUGGAUUUCAACAGACACAUUCUGUAGCAUUAUCAUCAACGUCAUCAUCAACAUCAUCAUCAUCACUUGAUCGUCAUCAUGUUCCACGUCGUCGUUCAUUAUCAUUAAAUUCUCAUACAUUAUAUCCAACAACCAAUCGUAUUGGUCCAUGGCCAGAUUCAACAAUUAAUCGUCUAAUUUUAGAUGAUAAUGAUUUAUCACGACCAAUAAAAAAACUUCGUAAUAUUAAAAAUCCUCGUGUUUUUUCUCCAAAAUCUUUAUCAUCACUAACUGAUAAUACAGGUCCAUUUAAAAUUUAUCCAUCAAAACAUACUUAUAUUGAAGAAUAUCGUAAAAAUAAAGGUUAUGUAUUAAAUCUAAAUUCAAUAUCACAAGGUACAUCUUUAUCAUUAUCAUCAUCAUCAUCACAAUUACAAGAAUCAGAUGAUGAUCAAUUAUCUAUUAUUGGUACAUAUAGUGGUGGUGGUGGUACUACUGGAAAUAAUACAAUUAUAGAACGAACUAAUUUAUCAACAACUAAUCUAUCAUCAAUGACUCGAACAAUAGUCAAAUCAACUGAUAUUAUGAUUGAUAAUACAAAUCGAUCUCCAUUGAUAUCAUCUGUUAUAAAUCAAUUACAUAUGCUUCCAUCUAUACCAAUGAGAAAUUCUAAUUAUUUUCGAGCAAGUCGUCGUACAAAACAUCAUCCAAAUAUAACAUUACCAGCAUUAACAAACUCAUCAAUUGGCUAUUUAAAUAGUAUGAAUUCAGUUGAAAAACUUUAUGGUAAUAAUAAGAAAAGUUCUACAGAAAAUCCAUCAAAAUUAUUUUUUAUGACUGGACGACCGAAGAAAAGGUAUUCGAAUAUUUUUUUGUUUUAA